UGGGUGGGGAUCUUGGCUAGCUCGACUAGAACUACCGGAUCACCAACUUCUAUAAAUAGGCUGUUUAGCCCCUCGUCUUUCCUCACACACAAACAAUAAACAUACACAAACGAAUAGAGAGAGAGAGAGAGAGAAUGGAAGUUCAAGUGCUUCACAUGAACGGAGGUCUCGGAGAAACCAGUUAUGCCAGCAACUCUCUAGUUCAGAGAAAGGUGAUUUCGAUGACGAAGCCGAUCACAGAAGCAGCCAUAACACAAGUUUACCGCAGCUUGGACCCAACUGCAUAUCGCUUCUGCAUAGCGGAGCUGGGCUGUUCCUCCGGGCCAAACACUUUAUUCGUGGCGGCGGAGCUGGUCAAAAUCGUUGAUCAAUUAAGCCAGAUCCACGGGCGUCAGUUGCCGGAAUUUCAGAUAUUCUUGAACGACCUCCCAGGAAACGAUUUCAACUCCAUUUUCCAGUCAUUGCUGCCCCAGUUCCGCGCCCAACUCAACCACGAAAUUGGGUCGAAAUCCGCCCCUUGCUUCGUCUACGGAGUUCCUGGCUCCUUUUACGGCAGGCUCUUUGCCGCCAACAGCCUGCAUUUCCUUCACUCUUCUUACAGCCUCAUGUGGCUCUCCAAGGUCCCUUCGGGGCUGGAGAUAUGGAACAAAGAGGAUAUCUACAUCGGAAGCAGAAGCCCGGUGACGGUGAUCGAUGCGUACUACGGCCAAUUUCGACUCGAUUUUUGGAGAUUUUUGAGAUGCCGGUCGGAGGAAGUUGUGGGAGGCGGAGGAAUGGUGCUGACUAUAUUAGGGCGGAAGAGCGAGAACGCAGCGAGCAAGGAGGGCUGCUACAUCUGGGAGCUCUUAGCUCUGUCGCUCAAGGAAAUGGUGUCGGAGGGAGUGAUAGAGGAAGAGAAGCUCCACCUAUUCAACAUCCCUCAAUACACGCCGUCGCCGGCGGAAGUGCAGAGGGCUGUGGAGGAGGAAGGCUCCUUCACCAUCAGCCGCCUCGAGGCCUCGGAGAUCAGAUGGGCGGACUGCGGCGGCGGCGGCGAGCAUGGGUACAACGUAGCCAAGUGCAUGAGAUCGGUGGCGGAGCCGAUGCUGGUGGAACACUUCGGCGACUCGAUUAUUGAGCGGCUGUUCGAGAAGUACCAGAAGAUUCUUAGCGAUCGCAUGUCCAAGGAAGAGACCAAGUUUGUCAACGUCACUGUUUCAGUGAUCCGGAGAGGAUGAUGGCAAUCAUUCAUGGCCAACGUCUUCCAUUCUGUAAUCUCGUGAGUCUGUUGUUGGUAUUGUGUAUGUGUACACAUGGGAUCCUCUAUCCCACUUUUAAAAUGAAGGCAACCCUUCGUGGGGAGGUGCCACUUUGCUCAUUUUUAAUCGAGUCAAUUGCACGUAGAAAGUAGUUACAUGUGUUGUUGGAAUUAAAAGGAUUAAAUUAGAGUUUUGCGUCUUGUUGUUAAAGCUUUUUAAUAAUGUCUCAAAUUUUUUUCAUUUAUAGUA